AAGAGUGUAGUUCAGAAAAGGACUGAGAAGGCCAGGUCUGCAGAACAAAAGAAAGGAGUUGCCUCGUUUUCGAUCUGCGUUGUAAUCUAAAGUCUUGUGUCGAUAUCAUAAGUUGAAAAUGGGUCGUCGUGGUGGAGGUCGUCCAGCACCCCGCGCUGCUUCUCCAGCGAGGUCCGUUUCGACACGUGCUCCAGCACCAGCACCAUCGAAGGAGGUUCAUCACCACCAUAAUGCCCCAGCUCCUGCCGCUGGCGGCGGUGGCGGUGGCUUCAUGAGCAACAUGGCAUCAACUGCUGGCGGAGUUGUCCUCGGACACGCCAUCAUGGGCGGACUAUCUGGAGGCCAUGGCUCCCAGCAAGAAGCAGCCCCUGCCCCAGCACCUGCUGCAGCACCACAACAGCAGCAGUACUACCAGCCACCACCACCCCAGUACCAGCAACAGCAGGCUGCGCCCGCUGGAGGUGCUUGUGCUGUAGAGAUGCGUGAGUUCAUGAGCUGUGCAGAGCAGAUGAAGGACUUGUCUCACUGCGAGGCUUUCAACCAGGCGCUUAGAGAUUGCAAAAUGCGCUAUGCUUGAGGUUUGAUUGGAAUUUGCUGAAUCUAUUGAACUGCUUUUAAAAGUCCCUACAAUGCUAUUUAUAUUGCUAUGAUGUGUGAUCAAGUGUUUUAGAUACUUUCUAGAGUGUAUGUCGUUGUGUUUUCUUCAACACAUCUUAGCGUUCUCUUUGUUAGAUCUUGAAACAAAACAAGAAAAGACGACAUGGCAUGAACGCCGAACUUAA